AUGACGGCUUCACCUGUCUGCCAGCUGGCAGACUUGUUGCAGUGGUACGCAGCCACCUUCAGAGACCCCGUGAUGCUGCAGCCCCCCGAGUGGUUUCAGGCGUUUGUAUGGUGCGAGGCCAUCUUGCAGCUGCCGUUCUUCCCCAUCGCCGGCUACGCCUUCUUAAAGGGCGGCUGCAAAUGGAUAAGGACUCCUGCAAUUAUCUACUCCACCCACGUAGCUACAACUCUGCUUCCCAUCCUCGCGCAUAUCCUGUUUCAUGAUUUCUCAGCGUCUGAGCAUUUGGGACCUCGGAGCCAGCGCGAGCGCCUCGCCCUGUUCUCUGUCUACGUGCCGUACCUGCUGAUCCCACUGCUGAUCCUCUACACCAUGCUCUGCAACCCCCACUACACCCACGCGGAGAAGAGGAAAAGGAAGUAG